GUUCCAAGCGGGAAACUCCGAGGACGAAUAAAAUCCUCAUCUUUCGCCUCGUGGAAGAGAUAGCGAGCGAGGGCGAGAGAGCGAGGGAGAAGGGAGAAAAGUUUUAGAGCGAAAGGGGGACAAAAAAAGGUGGGAUUUUUAUCCACGAGAGAGCGAGAGAGGGGAGGGCAAUGGAGGACGUGAGACGCACCACAGCAUGGGUCGUGACCCGCGCUUCUCACGUGAAGGUGGACUCCUCAGAACUCGAGAAAGUCGUGGACAAUAUUCAAGGUUCAAUUCCAAAAGUUGAAUGGAAUUUUGAGGGUAUUCAUUACUUUGACAAUGGGCCACUUACAGUUCAGUACCUAUUUGUUUUGGACGCAUUGAACUUCUGUUUUUGGCCAGAUAAGGAUUUGAGCUAUGAUCAUUUGGCUUUGGGCUUGAAGGCAGCUUUGCAGAAUGACAAAUCUGCCCUUGAUGCAGAUCGUCUGCAGAGUUAUACUGAAAUGGGAAUUAAAUUGUCAAAAAUGUUAGGCCCUGAACUGCGUGAAUUGUUGAAGUGGCCACGCCCACUUCCGCUAGAGGAGGAACGAGUACGGUUGUUGCAUGAGGUUGGACUGGAACUGGAGAGAAGCUUUAAGGGUGAGGCAGCUAACCUUGUAAAGUCUUGUGGAAAUUCUGCUGUCACUCUAGUAGCACUUGUUGCACGUUACUUUCCAGGUUUUCGAGAUCAUUCAUUAUACAAGGGUCACCAGGUUUUCUUAUAUAAAAGGGCACAAAUUUUUGCUGCUGAUUUAUGGGGUGCCUUCAAGGGUCAAGGAUAUGGAAGAUUCUACGACAUGAGCUCCAUUACAAUAUUUGCAGACUAUAUCAUCCCUGCUGUACUCAGGCAGAAUGGUGUGCUGAAAUAUAGUUCAGCCUUAUCUAGCUCUAUUGAUUCUAAUGAUGAAAUAGCUCCUGGUAGUGAGGAGGAAGUAGAGAUACGUGCUUGCACUAUUCAUGCUGUGGAAAAAAUGAGAGAACUAAUUGAAUCAAAAUUCAGGAAGCAGGUGCUGAGUGUAGAAAUGGAUCUUUGGCUCUGGUCCUGUGGUGUUCAGAACCCUUCUUUGCAGCAUCAUCGCACACUUUCGAUAUACUAUUGAGUAAAUCAGAAGCUGCAUACUAUGGUCAUGACUAGUUUCUCUAUCCUGUGAAGACAGAUUGGAGUUUCUUGUCGAAUUUUUAUGGCUAGACAUGUCUUUAACAUCUUGGAGCUGUCCUGCAGGGGCAAAUUUUGAAGGAAUCAAUGUUUUGAAACUAACAUUUUGCUAAAUAGUAAGUCUGGAAGGGCAGGAAAUUUAUGGUUAUGUAAUGAAAAAGAACACUCACUUGAUUUA